AUGAAAAAACUUAACUACAGAACCAGAAGAAAAGAAGUAGUAGCAUACCCAAGAGCAAAAGAUCGAAAGUUACAAAGUUUAUACCAAUUCCAAGACAAACACUUGCAAAUAAAACAAACGAGAUCAAAUGAAGGGAAGGCUACAAAUAAAUUAAAUAAUAAAAUAGAUAACGAUAAUGAUGAUCAAAAAAAAUAUGAUGAUGCACAGAUAAAAAAAGAAUAU